GAAGAUGUGUACAAAAGAGACUCAUCACAACAGGUUCAGGAAGCAAGAUUGUGUGUCUGCGAGAAGCCUGAAGAUGGAUCGCAUCGACUGUAGCCCGCUGGACCCAGAUUUAGGUCUCUGUACACAGAUCAUGAAUUUUGUAGAGCUUCCUUCGACACAGGAACCGAAAAUCACAAUUAUUGAGCAGCCAAGGCAGAGGGGUUUCCGUUUCCGGUACAGCUGUGAAGGCCCAACUCACGGAGGAAUACAAGGAGAGUGCAGCGAGAGGAACAGAAAGACGCACCCUACCAUCAAGGUGUUUAAUUAUACUGGACCUGCUAAAAUUGUCGUCCAGUGUGUCACUACAGAUGAGCCUCCAUUGCUUCAUGUGCACAGUGUCGUAGGCAAGCAGUGUACAAAUGGGAUAUGUGAAGUCUACAUCAACUCUAAUGAUAUGAUUGCGAGCUUUCCCAACUUGGGAAUUUUGCACGUUCCAAGACGAAGUGUUGCUGAAAUUUUAGAAGAGCGGAUGGUUCAAGGAUGGAGGAAAGAAAACUCUGAGGGAUUCCAACUGAAAGAACUGACAGAUGAAGAAAGAGAACACAUUCACAAAGCCGCAGAGCAGCGUGCCAAAGUCAUUGACCUGGCAGUGGUGCGCCUGAUGUUCACAGCUUACCUACCUGAUAACAACGGCACCUUCACACUCAGACUGCCGCCUGCACUGUCGGGACCCAUCUAUGACAGUAAGGCUCCCAACGCUUCUGAUCUGAAAAUUCUGAGAAUGGACCGGAUGUCUGGCUCAGCUGCUGGGGGAGAGGAGAUGUAUCUGCUCUGUGACAAAGUACAGAAAGAUGACAUCCAAGUGAGAUUCUAUGAGGAAGAUGAGAAUGGCUCACUCUGGGAAGCAUUUGGAAAGUUUGGACCUGCAGACGUCCAUAGACAGUAUGCCAUAGUGUUUAAAACACCAAAGUAUUACAACAAUUCCAUCAAGAACCCAGUGUCUGUGCUUGUGCAACUGCGCCGGAGAUCAGAUGGAGAAACGAGUGACCCCAAACCUUUCAUUUACUACCCACCGAAACGAGAUAAAGAGAGAGUCCAUCGGAAGAGAAAGAAACCAUCGCAAGAUGAACCAGCAAAGAACGGAAGAAAAGAAAGUGUGACCAGACGAGGCUUCUACUCGACUUUUGUCCCGGACUUCUCCAGCUACGAAGGGAGCUCCCACUUUCCUGUUGAUAAAGCUGGCAGCUUUUGUGAGACAGGUGCUACAAGCACACCUUUAAUGAGACCUCUUGAACACAGAUCUGAAGCAAAGACCAUUUUUGAAUGAAGAAGAGGACACAGGCUCCUGCUGCGCAUGGCACUGAACAGGCUGUGGAGGACACUCGUCUUGCACAUUGAUUGCCAUGCUUGUGGUUAUGAACAUAGAUGUUUGUGUUUUUUAUUGGUAAAGCUGUACAUUGUUCCAUUUGGAAUGUAAUUUAUAGAUGCUAUUCAUAAAACAUUUGCAACUACCACAUACCCAAAUUCUCUACCUUCAGGAACAUUUGUGAUACAUAAAAUAAACAGCUUACUUAUAUGCCUGAAUCUCAACACUUCUCUGUGUUUUGAAAAAUGUGUAGAAGGGUUGGGAGUCUCUUCUUGAAACACACAUCCACUCAGUCUCUCCCUGAGCGUUUUGUUAAAGUGUUCAGGUUUUUGUUAAACACCCUUUAGUGUUUACAACAAACACACUACUAACCAUUGUGGUCUCUGGUGCUAUACUUAUUGCUGAAAUAUCUUUUUCAAAAUGAUAUGGAUUGUUUUGAAUUAUGCACAUAUCAAUGGAAUAGAAUGAAUAAACCAAAGCUGCCUGACACUGCACAAGUCCAAAAUAAAAAUAAAAAUACAGU